CCUCGAAUUCCACCGAACUUCACUGUGCAUCUCGUGACCGGUGAUUCCUACCCUCUAGAUUCUAGCCUCACAGCCCUACCUCAACCAUAUAUAUAAAUUCCAGUACCCAAUAUCAAAAAUUCUCCGUUUCCACUUCCUCGUCAUGGCUUGCCUCUUCUCUCUCGCCUUCUUCCUCUUCUUCUCCCUUUCCUCUGCUCAAUCCCCUCCUGAUCAGAUCAUCCAACAAGCCUGCAAAGCCACUCGCUUCCCCGACUCAUGCAAGGCCUCGUUAACUAAGUCGUCAAAUCUGACCCAGAACUCGAAACCCAUCGAGAUCGUCCAGGCCUCCAUAUCGGUCUCCACCCAGAACCUGAAGACCGCACAGUCCAUGGUGAAAAACAUCCUCGACAACUCUUCCGACAACCAGAACCGCUCUAGGACCGCCACGAGCUGCCUACUAGGGCUAAACAAUUCGGAAUUCCGGCAUUCAUCCGCCGCCGACGUACUUCCACGUGGUCAGAUCAAGGACGCCCGGGCGUGGAUGAGCGCGGCCCUUGGCUAUCAGUCCGGUUGCUGGUCGGGUCUCAAGAACGUCAACGAUAAUGAAAUAGUAAAUCAAACGAUAGCGUUCAUGGAGUCGUUGGUUGGUUUGACCAGCAAUGCCCUCAGCAUGAUGAUCUCCUACGACCUCUUCCAUGAUGAGCUCAGCUCUUGGACACCUCCAUUGACGGAGAGAUCAGGGUUCUGGGAGGACGGUGUGGUAGGCGGGUCGGAUUCUGGGUUCAAGAGAGGUUUUCCGUCUGGGAAUUUAACGGCGGAUGUAACGGUCUGUAAGGAGGGGGUGAACGGCUGUUACAAGACGGUGCAGGCAGGGGUAGACGCUGCACCCGAUAACCAGGUAGGUCGCAGGUUCAUCAUCAGGAUCAAGGCCGGUGUCUACGAGGAGACCGUACGUGUUCCGCUGGAGAAGAAGAACGUGGUCUUUUUGGGUGAUGGUAUGGGCAAAACCGUCAUUACAGGAUCCUUAAAUGUUGGCCAGCCUGGCGUUACCACUUACAACAGCGCCACCGUCGGGGUUUUAGGGGACGGUUUUAUGGCACGGGACCUGACGAUACAGAACACGGCUGGACCAGAUGCGCACCAAGCCGUGGCACUCCGGUUGGACAGUGACCUAUCGAUCAUCGAGAACUGUGAAUUCCUCGGCCACCAAGACACGCUCUACGCCAACUCCCUGCGGCAGUACUACAAGGGUUGCCGCAUCGAAGGCAACGUAGACUUUAUCUUUGGCAACGCAGCCGCAGUGUUCCAAGAUUCGCUCAUUCUGAUCCGACCACGCCAGGUUAACCCGGAGGCCGGUGAGACCAAUACAAUCACGGCCCAUGGACGGAGCGACCCGGCCCAGUCCACGGGAUACGUUUUCCAGAAUUGUGCGAUCAAUGGAACGGAGGAGUACAUGGGCUUGUACCAUAGUAAGCCCAAGGUUCACAAGAACUUCUUGGGGAGGCCAUGGAGGGCGUAUUCAAGAACAGUUUUCAUGAACUGUAAUUUGGAGGAGCUCAUCAGCCCUACAGGGUGGAUGCCAUGGGACGGCGAUUUUGCGCUAUCGACACUGUAUUAUGGCGAGUUUGGAAAUUCCGGUCCGGGGGCUAAUAGAACGGGGAGAGUGCCAUGGAGUAGUGUGGUACCUGAGAAGCAUGUCAAUGCCUACUCCCUGCAGAGUUUCAUUCAAGGGGAUCAAUGGAUCUCUACAUCUUCUUGAUCAUUGGAAACCAAACUAUGGAUUAUUUUUUUGUUUCAAAAUACAUUUUAUACCCGUAAUCUAUUCUGAAAAUGUAUAUCAAAUACCAUCUUACUAUUGAUAUGUCUUUAAGGCUA